AUGGCGGUGGUGGCCGGCCAGGCUCAGCCCGAGCCCCGCGAGCCCAUGGGCGAGGAGAGGCAGCAGUGGCUCCGCGCCGCCGUGUCCGAGGCUCUGGGCAAUACCGGGGGCGAUCACGGCGAGCUCCAGCGGUGCCUGGCGGUGCUGGCCCAGCCCUGCCCGGGAGAGGAGGCGGCCGAGAGGGGCCCGGGCGACACCGAGGCUCACGAGCAGGCCCUGGACGAGCUGGCCGAGCUGUGCGAGAGCCUGGACAGGCCGCUGCUCCGUCUCGGGUUCGUUCCCCGCCUGGUGGCGCUGCUGAGCUCGGAGCACGACGGCGCCCACGAGCACGGCCUGGGCGCUCUCUGCAGGUGGGUCACCCCCAAAAAAUUAUAA